UCCACCCUUGGUGGGUCGGCGAUAUUCGCCAUUCGAGACCUUUCUGAUUUGCUGUCUUCAGAUGGGCUGGCGAGCAAAGGUUGCUGAAAACUCCCGCGGGCAGCAGUGGCAGAUUCGCCAACAACAUCAUGGUUUCUGCCCAACGCCGUGAGCGGAAGCUGCCCGUUCAGCAGCUCUCAAUCCUCGCAAUAUGUCGUUUCGCCGAGCCUCUUGCGUCGACUUCGCUGUAUCCAUACCUCCCGGAGAUGGUCGAAUCGUUCGGUAUACCGCAAAAUGAGGUUGGAAAAUGGGCAGGCAUAUGUGCAGCGGUCUUCUCGCUCUUCCAAGCCUUGAUGGGCAUACCAUGGGGACGCUUCUCGGAUCGAUACGGCCGCAAACCUGCCAUCCUCCUCGGCUUGACCUCUACCAUGCUUAUGAGCUUGCUUUGGGGAUUCAGUAAGAGCUUGCCGUUGGCAAUUGUAGCAAGAGCAUUGCAAGGAGCCGGCAAUGGCAACGUGGGCAUAAUCAGGACAACUGUGGCCGAAAUGGUGCCUUUCAAAGAGCUGCAGCCGAGGGCAUUCAGUCUGAUGCCUUUGGUAUGGAACAUAGGCAGCAUCUUUGGCCCAACAGUUGGAGGCUCGCUCGCAAAUCCACUGAAUGUCAAGCCUGGCGAGAAGGUAGGAAGUGCGAAUCUCUUUGCGCAAUUUCCCUAUCUACUUCCCAACCUGGUCAGCGCGACAUUCUUUGCCAUAUCGAUAGCAACAGGCAUUCUUUUUCUCGAAGAAACACUGGAGACGGCGAAAGGCAGGCGGGACUACGGCUUGAUUCUGGGAAAGAAACUAUCGAAAGCUGUGAAAUAUUACGUCUUCAAGCUUGAGGAAAUCCUGCACAUUCGGACCAAACCUGAUCAAUCACACACAAACGACGAGACUGAUCCACUGUUGAAACGUCCUACGUCUUCAGAUGACUCUGAGGCAAAUGUCGCCUUCGAAAGCAAACCUCGCAUUGCUCCGCCAUCCUGGCGAGAGGUUCUCAAUCGCCAAGCAGUGAUCAACUUAGUGGUCUAUACGCUACUUGCUAUGCACGCUAUGGCUUUUGACCAGCUUCUGCCAGUGUUCCUACAGCAUGACCCGAUUGACGCCCCACACGGCACGCCAUACGAAGCACCGCUAAAGUUUGCUGGUGGCUUCGGCCUCAAUCAUUUUCAAAUUGGUCUGCUGUCUACAGGCUACGGCAUCUUCGGCCUGCCAGUGCAGUUCCUCGUCUUCCCGCCCCUGGCCAGGAAGUAUGGUGUGCUGUUCUGGUUGAAAGUGGUGUCGAUCGUGUUCAUUUUCGUCUACCUCGCCACCCCCUUCGCGGCGCUACUCCCGACUACGCGUACCCGAGUGUCUGCGAUGUUCCUGAUCAUGCUCGUCAAAUGCCUCUGUGGAAUAUUUGCGUUUCCAUGCUCCACGAUCAUGCUCACGAACUCAGCCUCCAGUCUCCGUACACUCGGCACGCUCAACGGUAUCGCGACCAGUGUUUCUGCUAUUGGCCGAGCUGCAGGACCUGCUAUAGGUGGAGCUGUGUUCAGCAUUGGUGUCAAGAAAGGCUAUGUCAUUGCACCAUGGUGGUUACAGGCUGCCAUUGCGGCAGUAGGAGCAAUUCCCAUCUGGUGGCUGGUCGAAGGCGAAGGCUUCGGCGGAGAUGACGAAGUAUCAGACGAAGAGGAAGAGGAAGAGGAGCAAGAGGCACUGCUGGCAGCCGCUGCAGAAGGUGGAGCUGAAGCGCAAGGCAAGGUUCCAGCCACAAACGGAGCUUCGAAGCAGAAUGCUGUGCAAGAAGACGACGAGGCAGAGCGGUCAUAUGGUGGUCUAGCGCCUCUGACACGAACGAGCACGACUGCUUCAGCUGCAUUGAUGAGCGAUGGCGAGGACGACGACCAGGCAAGCAGGCGAGGCUCCGAGACUGGAAAUCUGGGUCGAACGAAGAGCAGGCGAACAUCAGUGACCGAAAGGUCUGAAGGUGCUUCUGCUCCUGCUUUGAGCAGAAGAAACUCAAGAAGAGUGAUGAGAAAGAUCUCUAUCCCGAUUGGCAUGGGGAAUGAGCCCAUCUCCCGGAGAUACAGCAGCAAUCUGGGACAGAGCUUUGGUUCGGCUGGUGGCAAUUGAUGCCUUGACGGCAAAGAUUGUCUUGCAGCGCCCAUUUACAAGGUUGCGCUCAGAAAACUUGCGAAGUCCUUGGACACGUAAUCGAGACAUUACAGGCCAGGCUAAUGGGACAUGUCGCGCUGCAUAUCAUCUGGGGCUUUCCAGUCUCUUGAUCAGCUGUGUCAUAGCUGCCCUUGUCGUUCCAGGACUACAGCUGAGAAACGCGCUGCUCUCGGCGUGGACUGUACCAAGCCGGCAAAGAGUGCCGCUGACACCGCGAUCGGAGCUUCGCUGCAUAUUCAUAUACCACGGCCGCGCUUUGCGCGCAACGUUGAUACCAGAACCUUGAGCUGUACCACACCUGCAUAGACGCAGCUCAUAUGCAGAUGACUUACAGCGAUGAUGCCGUACAUCUUCAACUCUUUUUCAGCAUUGUGCUUUCUUUGCUCAGAUACAGGGGUCAGUUAUCUGGAACAAUCGUGCGGCUGAAAGGUUCAGAGCCCUAAAGCGUUGGCAGACGUACCAUUAGACGAUGUGUUGGUCGAAGUGAGGAUAACUUCGAACACCAGGAGAAUGAACUUGCGACCAACGUCCAGCAUGGCAGCAGCUAGUCACCAUCAACGACUUGGCAUUUUCUCAAGACCCUAGCAGCGCCAAUCUCACCAUUUGAAGAAGCAUCGCACCACCGUAGCCAAGCAGCCGCACUUCACUCCUUAGCU